AUGUCUAAUUUUAAGAAAUUCUUUUCGAAAAUUAAGAAUGAGGUCAAAUUUUCUAAAGCUGGCGAAGGACAUCGAUUAAAUGAACCAUCACCAACUCCUCGAAAUAUACAACCUCAACCACGUUCACAAAUAUCUACACGACAAAAUUCUGAUGGAGGAGCCGCAUCUCGAGCUGCUGCUGAAGCAGCACAACAACGUCUACAACAGCAAUUAUCUGUGCAACAAUCAGGAGCUUCAAGUAGUCGUACUGCUGAUAGUGUUCGUCGUCAAGCUCAACGUGAACUCGAACAAGAAAAAGCACUUGAAAAUCAAUUUCAACGUGCACUUGAUAUAAAAGACCAUUAUUUUGGCAAUCGACAAGUCAGUGUAGAUAAUUCUCCGGUAGUUGAUCUUUCAAAUUUUCUUUUUAAAUGUCCCGAUGUAUUUGGUGAUGAUGUUUGUUUACCAUACGAUGAUUUACAACAAGAAAUAGAAAAUACACUUCGAUUACAACUUGAUUCUGAACCUAUUGUUGCUGCUACACUUCUAUUUUUAACAUGUAAUCAAAAAGAUCAAGAAAAAUUAAAUGCUAGUAAAGAAAUUAUAUGUAAAUAUUUCGAUAAUAUUAUAACUAAUCCUGAUGAAGAAAAAUAUCGUCGAAUUCGAUCACAAAAUAAAGUUUAUCUUGAAAAAGUUUCACCAUUAAAAUAUGCUUUCGAAUUACUUCAAGCUAGUGGAUUUAUAUUAUCUGAUGAUCAGGAAUCAAUUGUUUAUCAUGAACGUUCUAUUGAACCAUUACAAUUAGCACGAGAUACACUUAUGAAUGGUGAACCAAUACAAGUACAACUUGAUAGAAAUUUAAAAAUUUUUCAACCAACUAAAGAACAUCCAUCAAUACCACCUGUACAACAAUUACCAAAAGAUCCAUUAUUUUAUCAACCAACUGUUGGAGAUGUUUUACGUGAAAAACAACGACAAAAAGAUCUUAUUGAAAAAGAAGAAAUGUUAAGAACGAAAGUAAUGCGUGAACGUGAUGAAAAACCUGAUUCAUAUAUUCAAUAUAAAUAUACAGUUAUACGUAUACGAAUGCCUAAUGAAAUUAUAAUACAAGUUAUAUUUCAAUCAAAUGAUUUACUUUCAUCUUUAUUUGAUUAUUUACGUUCACAUAUUCUUGUACACAAUUGGUUACCAUUUACAUUAAUAUCAAAUGCUGAUCGACGAGUUUAUACAAGUCAAGAUGAACAAUCAAUAACAUUUAAUCAAUGUGGUCUUGUACCAGCUGCUUUACUUUCAUUUCAAUGGGAUGAACAAGCACUACGUGAUGUACAAGGACAAACACCUAAUUUUCCGGCUGAUACUUUUAUCAAACCCGAAGUACUGGCAAAUGCAAAUCGAUUGUGA